CGUCGACAUCCACAAUGGCGACCAGCCGGCUGCCGACAACUAUGCAACUCGAAGAGGGCAGGGCGAUACUCAGGGAGCAACAGAAGCAGGUCGACGAAGUACAAAGAAAGAUCGAAGAUGCGCAGCGUGCACUCGAAGAGCUCAUCACAGAGUCCACGCGCGCCAUCAGUGCUCUCGAGGCCGACAAGCGCAAGGCGGAGAGCGAGAUACAAGCCACCAAGGAGUUCUUAUCUCCCAUGCGCAGAUUACCCGAUGACUUACUCCAGCAUAUCUUUUGCUCGAACUUUGAGGAUUCCCCGUGUUGUGCAUGGACACUUGCUGGUGUGUGUUCGUCCUGGCGCAGGAUCGCUUUGAACAUGCCCAGAUUAUGGUCAAAGAUACGUUUGGUGACAACCCUAAACUCGUCGCCGGAUACCGCUCGGUUAUGGUUGGAACGUUCCGGCAACCGUGUCCCGCUUGAUAUUGAGAUUUACUUGCACAUUCCGGCACCGCCGAAGAAACGCAGACGCGCCAUAACACCUAUCCCUGCCGCCUAUAGUCCACCGCCCAUCACAGACUUUUUCUUCCACCCUCCUCCGCCUACCCCGCCGACGUAUGCCGUCCCUCCGCCUCCACUUCCAAUGAACACAGUUUCCUUGGGCAUGCAGAACGCGAUACCACACCUUGCGCCUCCGUCUACAGCUCAUAUUCACCCUGUUUAUAUUGACCCUGUGUCGCAUUGGCGCUCAAGACAGAGUAAUAAGAACCAGUCGCCAACCUCCUCGUCAUGGGGUCACAUCGUUCUAUUCUACCUCGCGGAACAGAUGCAUCGCUGGAAGCGUUUCGUAUUCCGGUUUGAUCGCCAAUUUGACUCGGUAUCUGCUCUUCGAAAUAUCGCUCGCGAUGCCCCCUUACUCGAAGAAUUUGAGGUGUCUUGCGGAGAACCGCUGCGAUCUGAGGCAGACGUUUAUCCAUAUGACUGGCAAUGGUUGCCUUCUACGGAUCGUGAAGUCCAGCUACCAAAUAUUCGGUCGGUUUCUCUGCAAUACGUCCCGUUUAGAUGGUCCUCUCCUCUAAUCGCGGGUAAUCUGCGAACUAUUAACAUACGCUCCCUUUCAACGCCUGGCAUAGGUGGCCAUACGAGCACACAGAUGACUCUGGAUCGUCUUCUCCAUAUCAUUUCUUCAAACCCGACGCUGGAGCAUUUAUCACUGCAUUUCCAGAAUGCGCAACCUGCUGUGCUCCCAUUGGAGACAACGAGGCUAAACGAACUCAAAUCACUAAGCAUUGGGGGUUCAUUUACCUUGACCCCGUUAUUAGAUGCGCUGGUAACCCCCUCGCUCGAGUCUCUAACACUCAACAUCGAUCGUGAGGCACCUGAAGAAUCAAUUUCUGCGCUCCUUGCGCGCUCAAAUUCCCCGCCUAUAUCCUUCCUUUCUCUUGCCUAUCAAAGUCAGCUAGGCAUGGGCCCAUACUAUGGCGAUGCUCCGCCCGGAUUGCUUCCAUGGGGCUUCCUCGCUUCCCUCCCCCAUAUCAAGACACUGCAGGUAGGUCACACAGCACUCGAUGUGCUCGUCGACGCUUUGUCGCACGUGGAAGAUGAGGCUGGAUCAUGGCUAGCACCGGAGCUCGAGCAUCUCGCUUUGCGUAGUUGUCAUGCGCAUGGCGAUAGCGUAUCCAAGCUUGUUGCGCUUGUUGAGGCACGCAAUCCUCCAUUUCCUGGAAGUACUUCGACUCUUGUGAACAGCACUGGACCCAGUGCAGCUAACUCCUCGCAAGCAAACGGAAUAGGAAGCAAUAUUCCUGGCUUAUCUGGGCCUUUUACGGGCGGGAUGAGUCUUAGCAAUAUAGUCCUAUUCUCUCCACCUCCAAAUCCGGUUACAGCUUCGAUAGGUGGCGCUGGCCAUCCAGCUCGGUUGAAAACUCUUGAGUUGUACGAUUGUGCAAUACUCGGCGAUGACAUCCUCCGUUGGUUGAGGAGCAGGAUAUCCGACGUUAAGUGCACUGAACCAACUAUGAGUCGCGGUUUACCCAGGAGCCCUACCUACUAUCCUGUUGACCUAUAGCGAUAUGAACAGCUAUCGACAAUAAUAACGGGCAUCAUGGCUCGAACAUUUCUUGCAUUACUGGCAUGCGACGCUGUACUGGCUCUUGCAUUGUAUCUGCUUCUCUUCUUGCCAUGUGUACGGUCUCUGAUACCUCGCGCAAACUUCUUAUGUAAUUGUGUCAGUUUCCUUAUUUCCUUUGGCCAUGUCCUUUUAUUGUCCCCUUCUGUGCUUUAAUUUUUGUUGUGAUGGCGAGCCACGAAUCAAAACGUGUAUUAGUAUUGCAAUAAGUUAUUGCAUCUUAUCUUUCCUUCUCAUGUUCGGAUGGUCUUUUUCUCUAUCUCAAGGGAGUAACGGUUGUGGAUCCAAUGUUCAAUGCAGAGAAAGUGAUUCGUGAGCAGGAAAUGGUCAUCUAUUUUACAGAAUUACGAUUAUUUAUUCCUUUUAAAGUCUAAUAUGAAGUUCUUUCGUAGGUCACUUACUUCGCAUCCGCUUGAAAACUUCGUUUGGCACGAUGUACUGCUCUGAUAAUCUUAAUCUCUGAUUUGGUAUACAAUAAAAGUCUGUAACUGGUUCAUUUGCUCCCUUAUUUU